CUCUGCAGGUGAGAAUGUUUUGGUUGCCGCUCCAGCUAAGGCGCUCGCAGAUAUCGCUAGUCGCGGCGUAAAUCAGUUGAUCAGAGAACCAUGGCUGACGACGAACUCUCGGGUAAACUUCAGCGUCGUCAAUGUUUGAUAGAGGAAACCCCAGAAGGCGACAACCCUCUGCAAACGAAUAACAAUGACGAAGAGAAGGACACCGUGGCGAUGGCCGACUCUGAAUUAGCGUCCAAAUUGAACCGACGACAAAAUAUCAACGAAGGUGCCGAAGAAUCGUCUCCAACUACGGUCUUCACCAACGUUUACACGGAGUUCAAAGAGUUCUCGCGGAAACAGAUUAAAGAGUAUGAAGUCAUGUUUAAAAGGUUUGACGUUAAUCGAGACAAGUUCAUAUGCUUUGAGGAACUGAAGCACAUGAUGGAGAAACUGGGGGCGCCACAGACCCACCUGGCACUCAAAGAUAUGAUCAAAGAGGUUGACGAGGACGAAGAUAACAAGAUCAACUUUCGAGAGUUUCUGCUGAUCUUCAGGAAGGCAGCUGACGGUGAGCUGGUGCUGGACAGUGGACUGUGUCAGCUGGCUAAUCUUGUGGAGGUGGAGGUGCAUGAGGUGGGAGUAGGAGGAGCAAAGGACUUCUUUGAAGCUAAGAUCAAUCAGAUAUCUAACACUAACAAGUUUGAGCAAGAAAUCCGGCAAGAGCAGGAAGAGAAGAAGAGGGAGAUUGAGGAGAAGAAAGAAAGAAAGAAGGCAUUCAAAGAGAAACAGUCCCUGUUCAAACCUACUUAGCCUGUAGGCAGCAAGCACUAUAGAGAUAUAUAUAUAUACGUGCAGCUUCUAAUAUUUAAUUUCUAGCACUGCAGGGAAUAUGUGGAGAAAUUGAAGCAUUUUCCCUUGGCAACCAUCGCACACGGUAACUAAAACAUUUUCCAUGGUAGCUAUUUUGUAGUAUGUUCGAUACUCUUGGUCGACCAGCCCUUGAUGAGCCAGUAGCGUGACAUACGUGUGUCCUGGUAAUUGCAUGAACAUGCAUGAGCAUUGCCUCUGUGAAUGCCUCAUCAACGUAAGAGAGCGUAUUCUCGUACAAUCUUGGCGAUGCUCUGGUCAUGACUCAUCAAGUGAUGCAGGAGCAGGGUGCAGAGCCAGAGCGCAGCUGCCACUGGAGAUAGCUGCGUAACACUACCAUGCUGCAGAAGUGAUGAUGUUUAUAAACUUGCUGAAACGUAUUUUGUCAGAGGAUUGCACCCUUUGCUUUUCCUUUGUUAUGUUAUAUUCAUAAUUAAAAUACCCAGAGUAAUCCAUAUAGGUUUUGUUACCCACAUUAGACGUUUGCUUAGUAUAUUAACUAGUGAUAGUUUUGUAUGACCACUAUGUACUUGCAUGUUUUAUGUACUUACUAACAUUUCGGACGUUCAGUCGUAUUUUUUUACAUGGGAAAAAAUCAAAAUGACGUUUUAACUGUGAUGGAAGGAUGUGUGGAAACGUUGUAGGUUUAGACAUGAUUUUGAACUGGGUAUAGUUACUGUAGCUACUCUAGCUGUUUUCUCUAGACACUUGCAACAGAACGGGUGUAUCAUAAAUAGAAAGCAGCAAAUUGGAUUACAAAUCAAGACAGCUCGCUCUCUCCCAUCACAACUUUCUCCUUCUUCUCUUUCAUCCUUUGCUUCUUGUAUCCGACCCUUAGGAUAAUGUGUUCUUUCCACCACAAAAAGUAUUCGUGAAGUAAAGGUGUUACAAUGGGUAUAUGUUAACAAAUGUUUCUCUGUAAUUUAUCGAUCAUGGUUUAGGUGUAUAGUCUAAUUAGAAAUCAUGAUCAACGUGUUCAAAAAGUAACACUAAAAAUGUUUACGUGAAUUUUUUUUACGAAAAAUGGCAAUAUUUAGUUUGUAUACAUAUAUUUUCUCUGAAAUUCACUAUUUAGCAUUAGUUAUGUCGACAAUGUAUAACUGUCAUAUAUAAUACUAAUAUAUUUCAUUAUGGUUAAAUUAGGUGUAGUGGAAACUAGGUAGCUGUGAGAACAGAAAUUGUGUUUUCGUAACACACAAGAAAAUAGGUUUAUAUGGAUGUUUAAAUAGAUUUGAAUGACUAUUGGCUAUGCAAGAUGGCCCAUUGUUUAUUAGGUAAUAAUUAGUUGAAGUUUGCACACAAAUUUUAACCUGCGUUGACCCGAGCCGGCAGGCAGUUUGCUCAAUUUCUAGAGUUGUAGAGUGAUUGGUGAGAUAAUCACGAGUUCAGGGUUUUACUAUGUGCCAAUGUUACAACGAUUGUGACCGACUAUCUAGCAGGGAACGACAGCAGUGCCUACUGGAAUAGUACGUGUGGUUAAACUAAAUUUCCGUUAAAUUUGUCAUUUUUGUUGAUAUACUGUAGAAAUUACAAAUAAAAUCUGGGACCAUUGCUAGAUUAAA